UUCAUUUUACCCAGUUAGAACAGACCACGACAGGGCCCUGAAAUUAACAGAGUUUAAGAAAACAUUGCAAGUUUUUAUCUUUUCCAGAAAACAGUAAUAGUACUUCUUGUAGUUUAGUGUGCAUUAUUUCACAUACCUGAGCAGUCUUCGGUAGUAGCAGUAUUGACAAGAAUUUAAAUCUCGACUAGAAGCUCUACUUUGAUUCUUAAGUUAUGAUGUCUCCCGGGACUUGUAUCCAUAAGCUAUUAUCGUGUUUUCCUUUUCUAAUAGUACUUACCGACUUACAGUAUGAAGGAGCAGAAUGUGGGAUACAUGCUGAAGUAGACAGACAUCUUGAAAUGGGUAAAAAGUUAUUGGCUGCCGGGCAGCUAGCAGAUGCUCUGUCUCACUUUCACGCUGCUGUAGAUGGAGACCCAGAUAAUUAUCUUGCUUAUUACAGAAGAGCAACAGUUUUUCUUGCUAUGGGAAAAUCUAAAGCUGCUCUCCCAGACCUGAGUAAAGUGAUUGAAUUAAAGCCAGACUUCAUAUCAGCUAGAUUGCAGAGGGGCAAUAUACUGUUGAAACAAGGAAAGCUAGAUGAAGCAGAAGCUGACUUCAAGAAAGUACUAAAAUCUAGUCCUAGUCAACAAGAUGAGAAGGAAGCCAUGACUCAACUGAAAAGGGCAGAUGAGCUACAGCGAUUAAUUACAGAAGCCCGGAAAGCAUACAGUAAUAAAGAUUUCCAAACUGCAGCUGUUCUGCUGGAUAACAUUUUAGAAAGUUGCCUUUGGGACUCUGAAUUGCGAGAACUUCGAGCAGAAUGCUACAUAGAACAAGGAGAUUUGGGCAAAGCCAUCAGUGAUUUGAAAGCUAGUACAAAACUGAAAAGUGACAACACACAAGCUUUCUAUAAAAUCAGUCGAAUCUACUAUCAGCUUGGUGACCACGAGAUGUCUCUCAGUGAAAUUCGAGAGUGCUUGAAAUUAGACCAGGAUAACAAGCAGUGCUUUUCACACUACAAACAAGUGAAGAAACUUAGUAAACAGAUAGAGUCUGCAGAGGAGCACAUCAGGAGUGGAAGGUAUACAGAUGGGAUUAGUAAAUACCAGUCUGUAAUGAGCACAGAGCCAAAUGUUCCCUAUUACACUACACAUGCGAAAGAAAGAAUUUGCCAUUGCUUAUCAAAGAGUCAACAAGUCAGAGAAGCCAUUAAUUUGUGUACAGAAGUCUUGGAGAAAGAUCCAGCCAAUAUAAAUGCCCUGAAGGACAGGGCAGAAGCCUAUAUUUUGGAUGAGCAAUAUGAAGAAGCCAUUAAAGAUUAUGAGACAGCUCAGCAGAACAGUGAAAAUGACCAGCAGAUUCGUGAAGGUCUUGAGAGAGCCCAGAGGCUUUUGAAGCAGUCUAAAAAGAAAGAUUAUUACAAAAUAUUAGGAGUGAAAAGAAAUGCCAAUAAAAAAGAAAUUAUUAAAGCCUAUAGGAAAUUAGCACAGCAGUGGCAUCCUGACAACUUUCCAGAUGAGAAGGAAAAGAAGGCGGCAGAGAAAAAAUUCAUUGAUAUUGCAGCAGCAAAGGAGGUACUCACUGACCCAGAGAUGAGGCAGAAGUUUGAUGCAGGAGAAGAUCCUUUAGAUCCAGAAAGCCAGCAAGGUGGUGGCAACCCCUUUAGACAAUGGAAUACGUGGCAAGGAUUUAAUCCAUUUGGCUCUGGAGGACCUUUUAAUUUCAAGUUCAACUUCAACUAAAGCAGAAAGAGGGAAAUUGGUUUGCCUUGAAGUCUUGAACGUGCUUUCAAAAUAUAUUGUUCUGAACAAUAUUCUUCAUGACAAGACAUAUUUUAAAUUCUACAUUAAAGCUCAGAACUGACUUGAUUGUGAGAAGGCAGUAAAUCUGCAGCCUGUAUUUCCUCACAUUUAAGAGCUAGUAUCCACUUAAGUAAUUGAUUUUCUAUUAAUAAUUUAUGACUAUGAACUGGAAGAAGCGGGUGUUAUUGAAUGAAUAUUUGUUUAUUAAGACUGGAAAUUUAUUGUAGUUAGUCCCAUGUGUACAGAAAUGAAUGAUGAAAUGCCAGCAGGAGAGACUUAUCUUUGUAAAAGGACUUUGCUUAUGCUUUGUACUUUUUUGUUCUUAUUUAGUCCUAUUGGCAGAACUUGAAACUGCAUUUAUUACUGUUUUAUUUCAUAUAUUUCUGUGGUUAGAAAUGUUCAGAACUAUGAAUAUAGUGUUUGAGCAGUAUGCAUUGUUUGAUUUGCCUUUGGAGGAGCAAGUCCUGAUUCUCACCCUUUCUGUGCUGUAUUCUACCCUGGGUAAAUCCGGAAUUAACAGCUGUCCUAACUACUGGAAUGGAUGAUCUGGUAGAAAAACGUAAUAAAGUUCCUGAGAACACAUUUUCUAUAGAGUAAUUAUCUGGAGUUUUACCCCUUUUAAGAGGACAUGAAGCAGGCUAUGGAACAGCAUCUUCGUUCCAUGUUUUUUUCUGUCAGAGGCAGGUAUAUGGGUGGUAAAUUGCCAAACUAGACAUUAUUUAUACUCUGCUUAAAAAGGUGAUAUUAAUCAUAUUAUCUUUUCAUGUACAAAUCACCUGUAUUGCAGGUAGUACAACUGUUUUUUCCUGCUGGCUUCCUUUGUCUGCUUAAGCAAAAAUCAUAAACAGUUAUUUUGGCAGGCUGUUAAAAAGGUAGCUGGUAUAGCCAGUUCUUGGACUGGACCAAGAGGUUUUACAGAGACUUUCAUAUGGCUACUAGACUAUUAAAGAAAAUUGUUUCUUAUCAGAAAGUGAAAUAAAAUAUGAUUAGUGCCUGUUGUAAUAACAGUAUUUUAA